UUUAUGCGACCAAAAACAUUUUACUUACGGCAAAAUUUGCAACACAGAUUGCUUGCAAGUUUUACACUCAUAUUUCGUUUGGCCAACUUUUCGCUUGAUACAUCUCAGUGGACCUUCAUUGUUUUUCAACUAGUGUGGUUUUCUGUGUACAUUUUUAGUGGAAACAUUUUCGAACAAAAGCAGCACUACAAUUAAAUUUAACUUUUUGAUUAAAUUAGUUAUUAACUGACAUAAAAUCAGCGCGUUAAUGAGGCCAUCUUGAAGGCGCGAGUGUUCGUGCCCAAUGAAAGAGUACUAGAAGGAACUUGACAUUUGAGAGAAAUAUUUCUGUUCAUGUUGCGUCAUCUAACUAUUUCAUUGCUGAUUUAUUUUGUCAAGAAAGAGCAUUCGCGCUGUCUUUAGUUCUAGAAAUUGAACAAAUAUGUGAUUUGGUUUCACAUACAGUUUAGAUUCGCUGGUAUACAAAUUCAAAGUUGUUUUUUUCCUACCUAACUUGACUGACAAUUAAAAUGAAGAUGUUAGUUCGUUUAAAGAGGAGGUCAUUGACCUCGCUAUUUCCCGCAGUCGGCAUGCUGGUCAUGUUGUCAUUGGGAGCCUUUUUGUGGGGGCUCACUUCUAGGGUGUCCUUCUACCCCAGCCGUCUAGACGACCCGCAGCAGCUCUUUGGCCAGAUACGGGCUAUCGAGGUCAAACGAGAACUGCCGAAAGAGAAGACUGGAGCCGAUACAUUAGGCGAGAGCCAACUCCUGUCUGACCAGCUGCCGGAAGUAGACGAUGUCCAACCUAAAGGCGGUCAAGUAAAAACUGACGCCGGCAAAACAGAGACAAAACAAAAAGAGACCGGACCAGGGGGGCCAAUCUAUGUCCCGCCGCCCGACGACCGCCCGAUACGACGGUUCCCCCAGUGUGUCAUCAUAGGCUUCGGCAAGUGUGGGACCCGCGCCCUGCUGACAUUCAUGGCCCUGCACCCCUACAUCGCCGCCCAGACCAACGAGAUGCACUUCUACAACGUCGAGAGUCUCUUUGAGAAGGGGUAUAAGUGGUAUCUCGAACAGAUGCCGUUUUCCUACAGCAACCAAAUCACCAUUGAGAAGUCACCUGACUACGUCUUGUCAGCUAAAGCACUGAAGGAGAUCCACCAGCACUUCCCGAAGGUCAAGCUCAUUUCUCUGGUCCGCAACCCAGUCGAUCGUCUGGUCUCCUCCUACUUACAGAGGCACCGUUUUGUGGCCGAGAACGAGCGAGGCCCUAUCACCAUGAUGUACAUCAACAGGACGACCCACAAGUUCGACCCCACCAUCAAUGCCGUGGAUGUGGGCGUGUACCACAAGCACCUGAGUCCCUGGUUCCAGACCUUCCCCCGGGACCAGAUCCUCAUCCUGGGAGACGAGCAGCUGACCAAGGACCCGCUCAGCGUCUUGGUCAAGGUGGAAUCGUUCCUGGGCCUGCCGCACCUCUUGACAAAGGAGAACUUUUACCUGAACGAAACCUGGGGCUUUUACUGCUUCAAGAGAUUCGAGGCUAACGCCAGUCCCAAGUGUAUCACCAAGUUCAAGGGUUGGAAGCACCCGGACCUGCCGCCCGCAGACGAGAAGAUGCUGUACGACUUCUACAGGCCACACAACCAGAAGCUCUUUGACCUCAUCGGGCAGAAGUUUGAUUGGGAGAAGAAAGAGGGGGGCGACGCGAUAGACUGAUGUCACUUGUCCAUUGUUCUAAACAUUUUUUAUUUAUUAGCACAGUGUAUGGGUAGAAAUGUGAGUGCUCUUAUUUCAUCGAUGCAUAUUGUUGUGUGAUUAUAUUUUUGUUUCGUAUCAUUGAUUGGAUGUAAGAAACUAUCGAGUGAAAGCGAUAUAAUUUUUAAUAAAUUAGCUUUAAUUUGUCCUACAAUAUCAAUUUCAUUUUGAUACCUGAAAUAAGAUCGACAAAGGUACCGAUAAUUAUUUUUAUAAACGAAAUUGUUAACAUUUUAAUGUUUUGCAACUUUGAAAUAUAUACAUAUAUAUCCAUUUAAUAAACAAUGGUUU